AUGUUCUGUCCAACUAGGUACUCGCCGGGAUGGAAGCGUCGGCAAGUGGUGCAGGCUGGUGGUCUGGUUGGGUCCUGCGGUGAUGGUUGCUCUGCCCGAGUAUGGGUUCGUGACAACUACGGCCGCCCUCGGCCCGAACCACAGAUAGCAGUUUUCACCAUAUUUUUGGACUGCAACGUGGAUGAAGGGAAUAACUCGAGGAAUGAUAUUAUUGAUCUGGCAAAACUUCCAGCCGGGAGACAGAGCGGACGUUGGGGAGCCAAUCCGACUAGCCUCGCUGGAGGAGCCACCGUCAGCCUGUGGCCGAAGAAGAGAGCAAGCUGCAAGCAGUGGCUGACGGAGGAGGGGGGAGAGGGGGAGCCGAAAGUGGCAUUUUCUGUUUCUUUGUCUCUCAUCCCCAGUCGCACUUUUUCUCUCUCCUCUCGUGACCCUAAAUUAGCCGAUCAACGGCUUAAGACCACACCCCACUACCCUCUGCCAUUAGCCGUCUCCAUCUCGUCCCAGUCCUGUCGUUGCACGUCGUUUGUUUGUUGUAGUAAUCGAGAUUUUGCGCCAAAGUUGAUCAAGGCUCCUACUUGUUCGUCCCAUGCAGUUGCUACAGUUGUGGAGGUCGAUUUGGGUGAUCAGAGCUACCCAGUCUACAUAGGGCCGGGCCUUCUCUAUCAACCUGAGAUUAUUCAGAGGGUUCCAAGUGCACUUGCAUAUGCAAUCAAGCGCUCGUGCGAAAUUGUGUCCUUCGACGAGAAGGAAAAUGGAGUGAGGGCCAUAUUGAACUUCGGCCACACAUUUGGUCAUACAAUUGAGGCUGGUGCUGGAUAUGGUCAGUGGAUUCAUGGGGAGGCUGUUGCAGCUGGCACGGUAAUGGUAGCUGACAUGUCUUACAGGCUUGGGUGGAUAGACGAAGCAUUAGUAAAGCGGAUGCAUGUGAUUCUGAAACAGGCAAACCUACCCACAAUACCACCACACACUAUGAUCGUUGACAUGUUUAAGUCUCUUAUGGCGGUGGCCGACAGCAUACUAAGGCUCGUGCUUUUGAAAGGCUCGCUUGGCAAUUGUGUUUUCACCGGCAAUUACGACAGACGCGCCCUCGACGAUACACUUCAUGCAUUUUGCAAGUCCUCUAAUUAA